GCCCCGGCCAGGGCUUGCCCCCUUUCUUUCCUCCUGCUCCAGGCAAGGUGCCCACCGAGACUGGCACAUCCUCAGAGAAUGCAAGUCCACCAACCGAUCAUGGUCUGUGGACCCUGGGUGCGAAUCUUUUUGCUCCUUGGCUUUCUGACUGGCAACACAUUGGCCUUCACGAUACCUGUGGAAAAUCAAACUGCAAAAGGGUCUGGUCCUGACCCUCUGAUCAUCGAGAGAUUAGGAGAUGUGUACGAAUAUGUCUCUUUGGCUCUGGACUGGUGGCACGCAGAUGGAUACUGCCGGCAACGUUUUGCUCAGCUGCCCUCAGAGACCUGGGAUGGUGAGCUGGCAUAUCUUGGCAAAAAGCUGCACUCUCACCAAAUCCAGGAUGCCAUCUGGUUAAAGGAUGAAGAAGCGUACCUGCAGAAGCCAAGGCACAGGCGAAUUCAUUUGAUGCCCAUCUUGAUGUUCCAAAAUAAAACGGACACCAAGUUUGUGAAAGUCUUGGCCACUUUUCCAGCCAUGUUGGCUGUGAGUGCCUGUGCCCACAUCCAGUGGGACCGCCAGGCCAUAGAGAUCUCCACCAUCUUCUCCUACGCAGUGCCAGCCUUCAUCAACGAAUUCCAGCUGCGGGGUUUCAUGGAUGAGGAUGGCUUUGUCCGCUUUGCAGUCAUCUUCCACGGACACCAUUCCCCGUACUUGCCGGUCUUCCAUGCUGACAGAGGAUGGCACCACUUCUGCGUCACGUGGCAGCAGUGUAAUGGAACAUGGGCGAUUUACGCUGACGGAAAGGAGAAGGCCUCAUCUGUGGGGCUGUCAGCCUCCCAUGCCAUCAGUGGGCACGGUACCUUCAUUAUCGGGCAAGACCAAGACGCCCUCGGUGGGGCUUUCAAGGAGAAGGAGUCCUUCAGCGGGAACCUCACCGGCCUCCAAAUUUGGCAGCGUGUCCUCAGCAGGGAGCAGGUGGAGAAAGUCCGCUCAUGUGUCCCCAUCACCGAAGGGCUGGUGUUUGGCUGGAGCCGGGAUAUCCUUGAGGUCGAAGCGACUGUCAAGCAAGCCAUGGUGCAGCUCACUUGUCCAGGACCCAUGGAAGAAUGUCAAGCGCUUGAGGUCACCCAUGGAAGCAUCAGCUCCAUCUCCUGCCUUCAGCCUCAGCCCUUCAUCUGCCACUACCAGAAGGAUCUUUAUUUCCGGCUGAAGGAAAUGCAGUCGCAAUCUGUCCCUCCGCUCAUCGCUCAGGUUAACAUGCGAGCAAAUGCAACAGUGAUCCCUGCAAACAUUUUCCAAGCUGACACCCAAGGUCUGAAUAUUUCGGCAGCCGCCAGUAUUCUCAAGGUGGUGGACUCAGUCCUGUCAGAUGCAGAACCUCCUCCUCUAGAUGCAGGCGGCCUCCUGGGUGUCUUCCAGUUAUUGAAAGAGGUCUCAAUAUCCUCUGUGGAAGUUGAGGAGCCAGAACAGUUGGAGACGCUAGAGCAGUUGGGCCGGCACUAUGUGAAAGUUGCUGGGAUGAUCCUGGAGGAACAAAACUCCAAGGAAUGGUCUGAGAUAAAGCCGAUCAUCGGUGGACCCAUGACAGUUGUUGAAAAUGUGGACAAGAUGGCAUCCACCUUCCACCAACUCUUAAGUGCAGAUAAGCCAAAAGUCACCUUCCAGAAUAAGAAUAUUGGUGUAGAAGUGCGACGCAUGGAGCUUGGCACACCAGCAUUGGGACGGGCAGCGUAUGUGAUGUUGAACCAACUCCAAGAGAAGCCUGACUGGAUUGAGGUUCCAGCAGAGGAAGUGGAGAGGCUGAGAGUGAGAGGCCUGAACCAAGUCACCCUAACAAACACCUGGUACAGGUACGGGUCCCUUCAACGUCUUUUGGCUGGCGGCAGUGCUGUGUUUGAGGAUGCAGCUGUGUCCGAUGGAGGCCGGAGAUAUUUGAGCACCCAGGUGAGCUCUUCUAUCAUCUCCUCCUCUCUGGUCAGCGACUAUGAGGAACUCAGCACCUCUGUGCGUUACAGUCUCCGACAUCAGACCCAGGCUCUUCCAGACCAGCUUGUUGUUCCCAUCUGCGCUUUCUGGGACUUCAGUAGGAGCCUGGAAGGAGGCCAUGGAGGCUGGUCCACUGCAGGUUGCUCGGUCAUAAAUUCCCACCCAGAAUUCACCGCCUGCUUUUGCAACCACACCACCAACUUUGCUGUCCUGCUUCAGGUCUAUGAGGUGCAGAGGAACGCAGAGGAGGAGUCGAUCUUGAAGACCUUGACUUUUGUUGGCUGCGGCGUUUCCUUCUGUGCCCUGAUUGUCACCUUUGUCCUCUUCUUGGCUGUCGGCGUCCCCAAGAGCGAGCGGACCACGGUGCACAAAAACCUGAUCUUUGCCUUGGCAGCUGCGGAGGCCUUGCUGAUGUUUAGCGAAUUGGCCAAAACCAACCAGGGAGUGUGUUUUGCUGUCACAGCCUUCCUGCACCUCUUCUUCAUGGCAGCUUUUGCCUGGAUGCUGGUGGAAGGUCUUCUGCUGUGGAGCAAAGUGGUGGCCGUGAACAUGAGCGAGGACCGGAGGAUGAAGUUUUACUACAUCACCGGAUGGGGGCUUCCCAUUGUAAUUGUCGGUGUAACCUUGGCCACAUCGUUCAACAAGUACGUGGCCGACAACCACUGUUGGUUAAAUGUGCAGACGGACAUCAUCUGGGCCUUUGUUGGACCGGUCCUUUUUGUCCUGACAGUGAACACCUUUGUCCUUUUCCGGGUGGUCGUGGUGACCGUUUCCAGCGCACGGAGGCGGUCAAGGAUGCUGACUCCCAACAGCAGCUUGGAAAAGCAGAUUGGCAUCCAGAUCUGGGCAACUGCAAAGCCCGUCCUGGUGUUGCUCCCGGUCCUUGGUCUCACCUGGGUCUGUGGGGUCCUAGUCCACCUCAGCAUCACCUGGGCCUACAUCUUCAUUGUGCUGAACUCCCUCCAGGGUCUCUACAUAUUCCUGGUCUAUGCAAUCUACAACAGCGAGGUCCGUAAUGCCAUCCAGCGCAUGAAGGAGAAGAAGAAGGCACUCUCAUUCACGAACUGCUCCCAUCCCAUCAAUUAUCUGUCGAGUCCCAGAAACACCUCCUGGGAGAUGGGCAAAUGCAACCCUUCCACCCCAGAGAACUCAGCCCCUCCAGCUACAGCAAAGGAUGCCACAGGGAAGAACGUUGGCCACAAAGGGAAUUUCGGGGCCAAAAUUCCAAUGGGGCUUUCAGCGAUCAUGUCGCCGGACAGGCCGGCUGUGCAACUGACAGCUUUCAAAUCCUCAGGUUUAUGAGCGGACUGCUGCAGGCAACACUUUCCACCCCAAAUGUGUUCAAGAGUUUCUUUAGGAGGACAAGAAGAUAGAGGAGAGGCCAACAUCUCCCUUUUCUCCGUCUUCAAGACCUGGCAUUAAAUGGGCAGGACUGUUUGCAGAUGGUUUGUUAGGCAACUCACUCUCACCCAACUACAUGCUUCAACGCCAAUCCUGCAACUGUAUGAACUCCCACGAUUACAAUUGUGAAUCUUUCCAGCUUUUCUUUAGAGGGAUUCAUCAGCAGAUUUGGAGAGACAUGGAAUUGCACAUUUGGGGUUCAUAAUCCAAAAUCCCCACUGUCACCACUUAAGUUGCAUUCAAAGUUUGGGGCUCACGGCUGGAAGGCCACCUGUUUAUCUUCCCAAGGAUGGCUCCCUCUUGUCUCUGUUCCAAGCCCAUGCACUACCAGGUUUCUCUUUUUAGGUGAGUGCAAUGCAAAGGCAUUGGAUCCAAUCCAUUGAGAAAGAAACAGUUGUGCAUUCAACAACGCUGAGUGUUGCAGUUGUGCAUUGCAGUUGACAUUUAGUUGUGCAUUGCACAGCACAUCAUCAGCAUGUUUUGUGCAAUGCUUCUCUUCAGACUGGGAGUGGCAUAGUCUGGCAUUUCUCCUUACAUUAUGCUGAAGGGAUGUUGGAUUGAAGCCUGAGUUUGAAAUCUAUUUUUAAUGCCACCUCUCUUGUGGAUUAGAUGCCUUUAUAUUGUCCUUCUUUCCUUUCUGAAAAGUAACCCUCUGUGUUUUUACAGAUGCCAGGAUGUCUCUAGAUUGUCCAGAGGUUGACAUGAGAAAUCUUUAGAACAACAUUUCUUUUUCUCAAAACAAAAAAGAAAUUCAACAAGUAUUUAAACAAGCCUUGUAAAUUACCCUGCAUCCUCUUCCAGUUUAUGCCAUUUCUGGCAAGUAUAUCUUUGUGUUAAUUAUUUUAAUGGAUUAAUUCUCUGGAUUAGGGAUUUGGCCAGAUUCUGUGAGUUUCCUUUAGAAAGAAAAUGGUGUUUAUUAAACAUUUGA